AUGCUCGAGGUCACCAGCUUCCCGCGGGCAGAGCUCUGCAUGGCGCUGAUCAAGGAGUCCGGAGAUGAGGCAGCACCCAAGCUGAGCUGGGACGACAGCGAGGAAUUCUCGAUGCUCAGCCCCGACAGCGGAAGUCGCAGUGCGAGCGUUUCAAGCGCGUUGCGAGUGCCUGUGUCCCAGCUGCUCUCCGCCUGCGCCGUGGGUGCGACGCUGGAGUGGGAAGCUGAUGGGGCCCGGACCAUCGUGGUCUCUGGCAGACUGCUGCGUGCCGGGAAGGCGGUUGAGUUUGUUCCCGGCUCGUUGGAAGCUGUGCCCACGCCUGGCGCCGCUCGCCCGCCCUGGCAGCCGAAGUCUUCGCCGGCCGGCUCCGGGGCCACGGCCGCCAGCGCUCUGAAGGACCCGGAUGCAGAUGCCAAGGAGUCAGCCGAGGCAGAGGCAGACCUCAUCUCCAGAUAUGUAAGCCGACUGCUGGCGCGCGGGUCGAACCAGCAGACCCAGCGCUCCGAGCAGCGAAACAGGCCGAUGUCUCCCCUGGGAGGAGGCCUCGUGAGGGGACUCUGA